AUGGGCAACAACAGUUCCCACAAAAGGACCAAAGUGUCCAAGCAGGUUGGCAAGGAGAGGCCACCCGAUAUGGACAAGGCCUUGGGGAAGCAGCAGUUCUUCAGCCACUUCAGGCAGAAGCCAGGUACCAAGAUCCUGCUGCUUUUCUCCGCGGACAAGCGGCAGCAGCAAGCCGAGGCGGCGGCGGGCCCGGUCGUGCGGCCCGGGCGGCGGAGCGAGGACUCGGUGGGCUCCCCGGCGGCGGCCCCCAGGAUGCGGGGCGCAGGCGACGGCGCAGAGUGGCACGAGGGCGCGCCCCAGAAGGUGGCGUCAGUGUCGGGGAGGCGCCGGGUCCGGCCGCCCUCACUGGGCCGCAUCGCAGUGGUGGUGGACCAGGGAUCGGGGUUCACCAAGGCGGGCUUCGCGGGCGAGAACCAGCCACGUCUGGUGUUGAAGAGCUCCAGCCUAGUGCCCAGCUGGGACCAGCCCGUGCUGCCCGGGGCGCUGGGCUGUGAGCUGGUGGGUGGCAUGGAGCGGGCACACCCCAUCAAGCAUGGCAUGGUGGUGGACUGGGAGGCGCUGGAGGGGCUCUGGGAGCGCCUGCUGGUAGGCGGUCUGCGGGUGUGCCCAGAGCAGUGGCCGGUGCUGGUGAGCGACUCGCCCUCGGCGCCACCCUCAAGCCGCGAGAGGAUAGCGGAGCUGCUCUUCGAGGACCUGGCAGUGCCCGCGUGCCACGUGGCCAGCACUGCGCUGCUGGCUGUCUGCUCCACCGGCGCUUUCAGCGGGCUGGCUGUGGAGGCAGGAGCGGGGGUGUGCCACGCCACGCCCAUCUACGCGGGCCACUCGUGGCACGAGGCCACCUUCCGGCUGGAGGUGGCAGGCACCACCCUCUCGCGCUACCUGCGGGAUCUGCUGGUGGCAGCGUGCCCUGAUCUACUGCUGCAGACCCUACCCCGGAAGGCCAUCACACAGCUCAAGAAGCGCUGCUGCUACGUCUCGCUGGACUUUGAGGGGGACCUCCAUAACCCUGCCCGCCACCAUCCAGCCAGUAUCUGCUUAGGCAAUGGAUGCUCUGUCUACCUCAGCAGUGAGCGCUUCCGCUGCCCUGAACCCAUCUUUCAGCCGGCUCUGCUAGGCCACAUGGAGCCAGGACUCUCGACACUGGCCUUCUGGGCACUGCGGAAGGUGCCUGAAACACUGCGGAAGAGGCUGGCUGACACUGUGGUGCUGGCCGGUGGCUCCACACUUUUCCCUGGUUUCACUGAGCGCCUGGAGAUGGAGCUACUAGCGCAGUGCCAGAAGCAUGGCUAUGGGGCACUGCAGCCACACCUGGUGGUCAAGCCUGGGCGAGGAACAGCCGUGUGGACCGGUGGCUCCAUGGUGGCUUCAUUGCACAACUUCCCACGCCAAUGGAUGACCCGGGCCAUGUACCACGAGUGUGGCUCCAGGCUGGUGCACGAAGUCUUCAACUGAGUCAUGCUGGACUGGAAGGGGUGGUGCCACCAGCGGGCUGCAGAGGCACAGGCUUAGCGGGCUAAGCUGAAGCUCUAUCAAAGGCAUUGAGUGCCAGAUAAAAGUAUCAGGUGACUGGAGCUCGCAGAGUCAUUGUGUGGUGAUGGGCCACCCCCUCUCUGUUUCUGGGCCAGGAGGAGGUGGUCUGGGGCCCUCACUAUAACCUGCAGUUUGAAUUCCCCUAACUACUCCAGCUGCCCACGCCCAGGGCCCUGUUUCUAUGGCACUAGGAAGCUGAUGCCCACACAAGUGUACAGGCCACAGACACAGAAGUUGCCACAAUACACCAACCCCAAGUGGUACAGUACCAUUUGGAUUCCCAUCCCAUGCCAGACCCCAAAGGUGACUGACCCUCUGAAAAGCUACUAAAUCCCAUGUGAAAGCGACCGGAGGGGAAGCCCUGUCCUCAGCCGAUCUUCCACUGGCAGAGGGUGUCGGUUUCCCCUUCU